CGCUUUUACUCUCAGCUUUUGUAGCUAUUUUAUUUACUUUUGUAUUUAGUUAUAUAAAUUUUUGGCUGUUAUGUUCAAGCACUACAGAGACAUUAGCGAUGUGGUGUCGCUAUUGGUGUACUGCCCCACGGAAAGGUCAUUCUUACUGACCAAAGAGAGCAGCGGGGAGUAUUGGGUACCAUCUUGCAAAGCUGAGAAAAACUGCUGGAAGAUGACCGCUCAUAGAAUUAAUUUCGAGCUCUUCGGCAUGGACGCCGGCUUCCAGUGUCAACCACUCAGGGUUUACAAGGUGUGGUUGCCGAAUCACCCUCUUUCGUGUGUCUACCACGCGGUCUACAAGGUGGCUGUCAAGGCUGACGUUAAGAAGAGGACCAAAAUGAAGGGUCCUCGUAAUCGGUUGCACUGGUUCAACAGUGUAGAGCUGGAACGGCAGCGGGCACACAGCUCGCUCCGGAGCCCUGAGGUGUCAAUCUUCUCACAACUCGUUAUGGGAGAGACUCCUAAAGAUAAUGAGUUUCAAGAGAUGGACAUGGGUACGCUGAUAGAAGUCUGUGAAGAGAAUGUGAUAUUGGGAAACGAAUCCGGGGGUGGUGCGGUGGCUGUGGCGUCCCCCAACUGUGCUUUACUCACAGCAGCCAACUAUAACAAAGAAGACCAGAUCCGGCUGUACAAAGAAUUCUUCGUGAUGGUGUUCCCCGCGCUGUACAUGAGUCCGUUCGUGUUUGCUCAGUUCAUGGUGGAGCUGGGCUGGCAGCGCGCGCAGUGCACCAGUCUCUUCAGGGCUGCUGAUGUGACGGGCCGUGGUGGCUUGUCGUUCGUGGAGACGAUGCUGUGGGUCGCAGCGUUGGAGCCCAGCACGCCACACAGCGGCAUACCUGCUGAGAUCCGCUGCAGAUACAUAUUCAGAUACUUUGACAGCAAUCGCGACAUGCAGCUGGAGUACGUGGAGUUCAAAGAGCUGGUGGGAGCGGCGCGGGCCGCGAGGCAGCUGCCUGUUGACGCUCUGAGCGUGGCCAGAGAUGCUGACGUCUGCCUCCGAGCACUGGGCCUCCAGCCCAAUUCGCCAUUGCCUCUGACAGAGUUUCUUCGGGGCGUCGGUGAACUUCGUCUGCGCGGCACCAGCUCCUUGCUGCGGGCGCCCAGGAGCAUCGCUGGAUAUCUCAUAGACCUACAAGGAAGAGACAAUGAGUUGGCACAGCAGAGUCAGAGUGGUGCUGCAGCUUCUACUUCCAAGGUAGGGGUAGCAACAGUUACGGCGGCUGCUUCGAAGGGGGCCGGGGCCACCUCCAGGCCGGUGAGCGGGGUCUCGAGGGGUGUAGACUACAGCGUGGCUGCCUACACGGUGAAGCUGCGGAAACGGGCGCCUGUCGAGAUGUGCGAGCUUGCUAACUUCGACGAUGACGCGGUGAGCGCGUCCACAGCCCGUCUCGUGGCGACUGUUGGGACAGUGCCUUCCAAUGAAGUCCUCGCGCAGAAGUCAACGCCGGCGGAGGCUAUUGCUGCUGUCCACCACUUCGCUACCAGCAUCGAGAAACAACAUAAGCGGGACUCGAUAGUCAGCAAAGCUGCGUGGAGCUGGGCGAACCCCACAGAGGAGUCCACCAUGGGCAGUCUACUGCUCAAACUGGCUGAGGCGGUGCGACCCAUCUGUACUAACGAACCUAGGCUUUUGAGACUCGCUUCGCCUGUCUACGCUAUUGGCGAUCUCCACGGCAACCUGGGCGCCCUGCUGUCGAUGGAGGCGGCGCUGUGGCCGGCGGGGCCCGCGCUAGCCCCGGCCCGCAUCAUGUUCCUCGGGGACUUCGUGGACCGCGGGCCCCAUGGCGCGGAGCUCAUGGCAUAUCUGCUAGCGGCGAAGUUGCAGCGGCCAGCGGGCGUGCUGCUCAUACGAGGGAACCACGAGACCCGGGACAUACAGAAGAUGUUCACUUUCUACAACGAGUGUGUUGGGAAGUACGGAGAGAAUGAGGGCCCCAAGAUAUGGAAUGCCAUCAAUAUGGUCUUUGAUGCGCUUCCCCUGGCUGCGGUGGUCGACGACAAGGUAUUUUGCUGCCACGGCGGUAUCCCGCCUCCAUGGGUGUGUCCGCUGAUCACAGCCAUCGACAAGGUGCCCGUACCGCUGCCGAGGCCAGCGGAACAGAGUUCCAUCGCUUGGGAACUGUUGUGGAAUGAUCCGAUCAAUCCCACCAAGGUCACAGCGACUCUGCAACUAGAACUAGCCGCCAACGAGGGUUUCGCGGCCAACUCCAAGCGCGGCACCGGCCACGUGUUCGACCAGACUGCGCUGGACAGGUUCCUGUUGGCCAACCAGCUCUCCCACGUGCUCAGGGCGCAUCAGCUGCACCCCAACGGGUUUAUGUGCCAACUCCGAGGCCGCCUGAUCUCCGUGUUCUCAUCGUCGCACUACUGCGGCGGUAACAACGACGCGGGCGUGGCCUUGGUCGAGGGCGGCAAACUACGGCUGAUGAGGAUCACUGACGAUUGAAGUGGUGUUGGUAGAUGUACAUUGCACAGAGCAGACUUCGCAUUUUUAUGGAAAUAUUUUAUUACAGACUUAUUGUGUCAUCAUAAUGAGAAAAAAAGACGCGUUUGUUUGAGGAAAAAAAUCAAAUGCGUUUUUUUCCGUAUGACAGUAUUAUUUAUGUCUUACUGCUGGUCAAUUAAUUUUUAUCAAUCGAUCCGUGUUUUCACCAAAUUGUAAAUUAGUGAAGCGUAGUGCAACUUCGCUAUUUACAUCUCAACAUCGAGUUGACUCGCAGUGAGACGCAGCUAACCAAUCACAGUGCGCCAUUGUGAUGCAACGACAACCACACCGCGAUGUGUGAUUGGUUCACUUCAAAUUCAAAAUUCUUUAUUCAAUUUAGGAUGAUAUACAUCAAUUAUUGACGUCAAAAAAAUUACUUAAACUAAGACUACUGCCGGCUUCCAAAGCGCAGGUGAAGAAGAAGCGGCGCAACAAACUUCACCGCAGCCUUUUCUCCAAGGACGUCAAUUAACAAAUAUAGGUCUUAUACAUAUAACAAAAAAAACAGGCACAAUGGAUUGUAUUAAUUUAUUCCAUCACUUAGAAAAUUGUCCAGGAUACCUUUACAACUCGAAACAUAAUGCGAACUAUAAGUUAGUUUAACUUACUGAUAUUAUCUUAACUAAUAUAAUUACAGAAUCUUCGUACUGUCCUUUCGGGCGUCAUUCCACUUAACAAACCGUCCAAUACUAUUGCUGUCACUUUAGCGUUAUUUAAGAUGAUAGAGACCGCAAAAAUUGUGGGCAAAGAAUUUGAUAAGUGGGACAGUGCCCUUACAAUAAGUUAAUUUAUCUAUGGCUUGGCAAAAAAGUGUGCAGCAUUAGGGAUUCUUUUUCAAAACACUAGGGAGUCGAUUCUGAUGUAAACGUGUCGCAAUGGUUUUUCAAUAGUUCGCUUUACAUGCAAUAAGUACCUACUGCUAUUGAUAAACCAUUGAGGCAGCACGGUUUUAAAAUUUCUACAUCAACGUUAGCAGAAUCGUUCUUUUUAAUUAUAUUUUUCGUAAAAAAUAUGUGUCAUAUAUUUUUUACUAAAAAUAUAAUAUUAUCUACAAAAUAUUGUGUUGAAACUCGACAAGAGCUUGAUAAUAUUUCGCUAGACUUGUCACUAAUAACGAACUCUUUUUUUCCAGGCUAUGAGAAUUUUAUAUGGAGAAAUCAGCCUUAAUUUUUAUCUCUGAACAAAAUUUUUAAGUGAAGUCGGUCCAGCCGUUCUUAAAGUGAUUAUUAUUUAGUGUUAUUUGGACUAGUGCUAUAACGAUGCAAUAGUUAGCAACAUCGCGUCUCAAAAGUAGUUCCUAUUUACAUGCAAUAAGAACUAUUAUUAAAACGCUAUUUUGACUUAAUGUUAGCAGAAUCGAACCCCUGAUAAUGGAAAACUAAAUACGUGACUUUAGAAAUUGAAAAUACAAUGAUUUUGCUAUGGAGGCUUGGAGGCACAGUGCCAGAGUGGAUCGAUCGUUUAAAAAACAAUUCUUUGUUGUCGGAACUUCUACAAAUCCGUGAAAAGAUUUCAUUUUAUAAACUAAAUUCUUUUAAUUAACACUGAUUCCUCCAUACAUAUGGUUUUUAUAAUACAAAACAAAUAUAUAGGAAUGACAUGUUUAUUAUGGUUUAUUCACAUACUUUGAAAUUGGUAAGUAUAUAGUAAUAACAUCUUUUGUUACUGUCACAAAACAGAAAAUUAUAAUAUUUCUAUUACAAGCUAUAACUGUUCGGUCGUCGAGACCUAAACUUUAAAAGGCUUUCGUAGGCAUUAGUGAAGUGUUUGAACUAUAAAGACAUAUUUGCUAUACUCUGUUUCUGAGUAGUUCAGAAAACGGUCCUGAUUGGUUUUUCUAUGACGAUAAGGUUUUAAAUCCCAUUC